UUAUUGGAUGAAAAAUGUAGAGUGAGAGACAUGCAACUCUGUACUUACAAAAACUUGUACAGUCUUCAUGAGAAAUGGUUGGAAAAUAUAGCAAUAUCUGAAUACUCUGGUAGUAGUAUGUACAACCGUCCUAUUGGAAAUCUCAAUUUUAAUGCAACAAUGCCGCAUUCCACAAACAUUAUAGAUUUGGCAUCUGUUAAUUUGAAAUUAUCGGAAAAUAUUAGCAGUUCGGUUGAGAAACAAGAUGUCAGCCAUUUGAACAAUCUUCCAACUAUGACAGAUGGAGAGAUGAAUGCAGAAAAUGUAAUGGCAAUGCCUUUAGAAGUUCGGAAGGGCAAUGAGGUGUCCGUAAAUGCGUUGGUUCAUCACGCCUACACCAACACUGGGAACACAGUGCGUCCAGUAGCAUCCUGUAUGCACUGCAACGGCCGCGUACAGUUAUUAUAACAGUCGACAGUACAUACUAUAACAUAUUGGUUGUGUAUUUCCAAAAUAUCUCGGUUGUAUCAAUAUUUGUAUUAUAUAGAAUUGUAUUGUUACUUAUUAUUAUAAAUUUUUCUUAUGAUUAGAAUAUAAUAUUGCAAUAACUAUUUAUAUUGUCCAUAUACCAUUCCAGUUUGUCUACUAAACCUAGUUCCAGAUUGUUCAAUAGUAAUAAAUUAAGAUUUUUUUCUCCAGACUUAUCUAGUGAAAUAUAAAUGUGUGAUGGUGUGAUAUGGAGAAUUAUGAAACUAUUAUACUAAAAAAAUAUUUUAAAAACCAUGUAAAUUAAAAUAAAAUCAAUUUGAAAUUCAUCACAUAAUUUCUAUGUAACUAUACACUAUGAAGUAUAAAAUAAUAAACCACAAAAUAUUUGAGAUUACUUCAAGGAAA